AACAAUUGGUAUCAGAGCAAGGGCUCAAAUUUGAAGGUUUAACCACCUAAGAGUUGAUCGGGGAUGGCUCAAUUGCAAGCUUUUCAACCACUUGAAGGUUUGUCUACCACCAAGCCUCUUUUCUUUGAUGGUACUAAUUAUAAUUAUUGGAAGAAUAUGAUAAAGGUCUACAUGCUUGCAAAUGUGCCCAAGGCAUGGAUUGUGACUAUGAAAGGUCAAUAUGUGCUUAUGAAAGGAGUUGGGGAAAGUAAGGUGCCAAAGGAAGAAGUUGAAUGGAAUGAUGAAGACUUGGAGAAGAUCAUGAUCAACAACAAAGCAAUUAGCAUGCUUCAAUGUUCUCUUAAUCCAAUGGAAUAUAAUAGAGUAUCCGGGUGUGAUACGGCUAAGGAGAUGUGGGACAUGUUAGAGAUUCUUAGAAGCUUGCCCAAGAAUUGGGAAGCCAAAAAGACCGCAAUUGAAAAGUCUAAGGAUCUCAACACUCUCAAGCUUGAAGAUCUCAUUGGAAAAUUGAUGAUAUAUGAGAUAGCAGUUCAAGUUGAUGAUGGAGUUGAAGUAGUUGAGAAGAAGAAGAAGAAGAAGAAAGUGAAGAUGAUGCUAGUGAUGAUGAGUCUAGCCAUGAAGAGGACAUCACCAAAUUGUGAUGAUGAUGAUAGCGGAAAGCCAAGCAAAAAGCAUAUCAAAUGUUAUGAGUGCAAUGAGAUGAGACACUAUAGAGUUGAAUGCCCCAAAUUGAAGAAAGGCAAGAAAAACAAAGCAUUUGUUGCCCCAUGGAGCAAUGAUGAAUGUAGCUCAUCCGGGAAUGAAGGCUCCUUGGAAGAUGAUGUGUCCAAUCCUUGCUUUAUAGCUUAAAAGGAUAACUACAAUGAUGAGGAGGUAAACUAUAACUUCUCUAGUUCAAUUAAUGAAAGUUCCUUGGGGUAUUCUUAUGAUGAGUUAUGCAAAGUUCUUAAUUGCUCUAUAAAUGAUAUCACGAAACUAGGGAAUGAGAAUCUUGCUAUUACUAAAAGCAUUUCAUUGCU